AACAAAAAAAAAAAAAACAGGGAAGGCGGCGCGGGCAAUCGCACACAACCAAACGGGCCCCUGUUUCUCUUCGAGAGAUCUUCUCUUGGCUCUCCUCUCUACAUCCUAUCCACGACCGACGCAGCUGCAGCAGAAAGGCGGACUUAUCUCGUCGGAGUGUUCAGAGUGACACACCGAGGUAGCCGAGGCGAGAAAGCGUGCUGGCGCGCUUGAAAGGAGACCACGACCACGCCACCCAAGGGGCGCCCCUCGCAACACUCGCGACUCGACUCGACUCGCAUAUAGACUUGAAUUCUUGAUCGGUGCUCCUGCUAACAGAUAGAGUACGGUAAGAUGGCGGCUGAUCGACAGCAGCACCCCUUGAAUCUCGAGGGUACGGAGCAGUCGUCAUUCCAGAACACGGCAGAGCAUGCAACGACCACCCUCGCAAGAGAGACAGGCGGCGAGGGAAGCCCCGCGAUCGAGGUGGGCAGUCGACAGCCGACAGGGACUAGCACCCCAGGCGGCCUCAAUGGAGAGACCGUUGAUGGCAACACAGGCACCGGCGGACGAGGGUCAGGCUCAGCACCUUCGUCUGCCACAGCGAGGAGGGGCAGAGUGCACUGGGAUUCCGGCGCAGGCACCCACCCGGGCCUAGCCUCGAAGCGCUUCCAGGGACAGCACGGCGGACCCACGGUCACCGUCCGACAGCCUGCCGCUGCUGCCACGCAGGCUGGUGGCGGUGUCGUACCCACGUCGUCUACCAGUGUCCAGAGGGCCCACCAUCCGGGCCCGCUCAUGCUCCACACGAGGCUUUCACCCAUGAACGAACAGCCGAGUGAGGGCAUCCACCAGGGCCUCGAGGAGGGCAAGGCCCAAGAGAACCGUCAGCUGGUGCCGACGCUCAGUCUGACAGGCGCAAAGAGCCUCGAUGAGCGAGGGCUCGACAACCGAGCUUUCCUUGAGCUCCAGCGGGAGCUUCAGAGGCAUGAGGCCCACGAGGGGACCGAUGCUGUCGUCGCUGAAAAUGGCGACUGGAUCGAAAUGCAGGGUGGCGGACAACAGCAGCAACAACAGCAAUCACAACAACAACAACAACAACAGCAACAGCAGCGUCGACGGAAAUCGAAAGCCGAGACGCCAGACUGGGCCAGCAGCGGCACAUCGACGCCCGGUGGUGGGGACUGGACCUCCGAGUCUGGCAGCUACGAUCCAGCAAAUGACUCGGAUCUGGAUCACAUUGACUUUAUGCCUGGCGAGACGGACGGGUUGCCAGCGAGACGCAAGAAGAAGAAGGGAGCAGCGGAGGAGGAAGAUGCGCAGCCAAAGGGCUGGGCAAGGAUUCGAGGGUUGAUGUUCGGCAAGGGCGACGAAGACGAGGCGGGCAAAGCGGAGGCGCAGACGGCCAGCUCGCCCACGAGUCGACCGUAUGAGGAAGGUGGUCCUACAAACACAAAGUCGGUCCCCGUCACGACGUCGACCGGCACUCGGCCCGGCGGUCCCAGGAGCAGACCGACAAAGUUCGAGCGAGAGGCCGCCAAGCUUGUUCGAGCGCACAAGCUCAUGACCGGUCAGGGCGCUGGGUCGAUGUCGGAGGACGACGGCAUGCCGGGCGUUUCUUCGAUGCCAACCAACAAACGCGACCAUCUCGAUUCGGGCGCCUCAACGCCCGACAAUCUCGAUACGGCCGCGAACCUCUCUGCCCGACCCAUUGCCGCCGGUGGUGUGCUGGGUAACCUUCUGAAGCUCUAUGAACAGCAGCAGAAGGAGCAGCAGGCCGCACGGAAAGCCAGCGGCAUGAGCUCAGAGGCUACCAGUCCGCUCAGCACGCCAGGACCCGCCGGCGGCAGCGCCACGGGUGCCGGUGGUGCAGCUGCGGGCAUCGGAGGUCAUGGCGUCGGCGAUGGCAACCUAUCAGAUUUGGUGGCUGCAGAGCUUCGACGCGAGGAUGCCGCCGCCAAGGCUCGAGGAGCGCGACCUAUUUCGUCGACAUCCUCCGGUGUUGAUAGCCCCUCGAGGCGACGCAUGAGCUGGGCUCCUUCCGGCGGCAAUAGUCCCGGCUGGACGAAGGACAUCACGUCUGGAGGUCUCGCCAUUGCUGGUGCGGGUAAAAAGGUCUUGUCGAUUGCCGCAAAGGAGGCUGGUAUCGACGAGGCCAUCGACGAACGACCAAAGGCCAGCCGAUCGUCUGCCGGCACGAUUGGCGGUCUGAUUGCCACGACGGGAAACCUCAUCGGCGCCGUCAGCCCUUAUCAUGCGCAGCUUGGUCCCAAUCCAAAGCGCCCAGGGUACACUCUCGAUCGCUACUUGCUUCCCGAGAUGAACGCCAAGACGCUCAAGCGCACGGCUGAGAUCGUUGCAGAUGCCGCGCCGAGGCCCCAUUGGCGAUCUCAGCCGGGCACACCAGGAGCUGGUCACCACUCACCGGGCAUGUCUUCGCUUGACCACAAGGAGCCAGACAGUGCCGAAACCCAAGCCAUGACGCCGCCCAGCGGUGGGGCUCACUCGCCCAGGAAGUCAUUCACGAGGCCUUCGAGCAUCAUCAACGUACGUCCCAAUUCGACCAAGACGGCACUGCACACUCGCAAGAACAGCGCCGGCACGGCACCCCACAGCGCAGGCGCGGGAGCCCAUCUGCACCUGCCGCACAUGCCCAACUUUGCCAGGACGUGGACUGGCCAUUCCAACGUCAAUACGCCUGAUGUCCUGGGUGACGCGCACGGGAGCGACUACUUUGGCAAGGAGGAGCUCGACGAGAAGGCAGCCAAGGCCGAGUGGCAGCGCAAGCUCAAGCGGAGGGCAAAGGACAAGCGCAAGAAGGAGGAGAUCUUCAUCACGAUGCACGUCGCAGCUAUCCUCCAGCGCCAGGAGUUCCUCAUGAAGCUGGCGCGGGCGUUGAUGAUGUUCGGAGCGCCCACCCACCGGAUCGAGACGCAGAUCCAGCAGACGGCCAGAGUCUUGGAGAUCAACUGCCGCUGCAUCUACCUGCCCAACCUCAUGCUCUUGGCCUUUGGCGACGACACGACGCACACAUCCGAGACAAAAUUCAUCAAGCAAGGCGGUGGCCUCGACCUGACGAAGCUCACUGACAUGCACUCCAUCUACUGGAACGUCAUUCACGACAAGAUUGGCGUUGCCGAGGCGUCUUCGCAGCUUGACGAGCUCAUGCGAAGGAAGCCCAUCAUCUCACGGAUCCCCAUGGUCAUCAUUGGAGGAUUCUGCUCGUCUUUCAUCUGUGUUGGACCCAUGGGCUUCAGCGGCUCGUUCAUCGAUGCGCUCGCCGCUUUUCCGCUCGGUUGCUUCCUCGUCUUUUGCCAGAGCGUCAUCACAACGGAGCUCUUUUCGAACGUCUUUGAGAUUCUUUUUGCCGCCAUCAAUUCUUUCGUCGCCUCGGCCUUGGCUUCGACUGGUUACUUCUGCUAUGCAGGCGUCGUCUCGGGUUCCAUCGUGCUGAUUCUACCCGGCUUCAUCGUCCUCAGCGGUUCGUUGGAGCUUCAGUCCAAAAAUCUUAUCGCCGGGUCCGUUCGACUCGUCUACGCCAUCAUCUAUUCGCUGUUCCUCGGUUUUGGCAUCUCGAUUGGAUACUCGUUCUGGCUUCUGUUUAGCGGCAGUGACAGCGACAGUCAAACACUGCGCCAGUGCAGCGUGGUCCACAACGACAAGUGGUGGAUGAGCGACGUGCCCCUGAUCUGGGCCCUCUUGACGGUCCCUGGCUACUCAAUCGCGCUGUCGAUCCGAAACCAGGCCAAGGUAACCAGGAAGGAGUUCCCCGUCAUGGUAGCCAUUGCCAUUGCUGGCUGGGCCACCAAUCACUUCGCAGCUCAGUCGAAAUCGCUUUCGCAGAGGAGCGACGUGACAAGUGCUCUGGGCGCCAUGGCCGUCGGUCUCCUCUCGAAUGUUUUUGGCCGCAUUUAUGAUGGCAAGUCUUAUACGGUCGCUUGCGUCGGCGUUCUCUACCAGCUUCCGAGCGGCCUGAGUGGCGGAGGCGGUCUUCUGAGCUUCGCCAAUGACCAGAACAAUUCUGCUGGCAACAUCUCGUCAGGUUUCUCGGUCGCACAGAGCCUUGUCGAGGUCGCUCUGGGCCUCACUGUCGGGCUCUACGCCGCCACAGUUAUUGCGUACAUUGUCGGCGGUCGCAAGAUCAGAGGUGGCGGCCUCUUUUCAUUCUAAAAAUCUCGCCUCUUCAUCAGCAUUCAACACAGAACACUUUCGACCAUCAUUGCCUCCUAAUCUAUACUUCUUCUCUGGCGCUCUAUUCUCACAAUCUGUUUCGACCUCAGCGUUUACGACAAGGGCCCCGUGGCCAGCGUCACACCUCAUUCUGUAGAUAAUAGACUUCAUUACAAAGGAAGCAACUUCCUGCUCUCUCAUCAAUCAAAAGUAUCGUUCCCUCUCAUC